AUGGACCCCGCCGACGCGCUGCUGCUCGAACCGAGCGCCGCCCUCGUCGCACCGCCCGACCAUCACUCUGAGCCCCUCGACGACGCGCCGCCGGUCGUCGCCAAUGCGUCGGCCGUCGCAACGUCUGUCCGCCGGCGCAGCGGCCGCCCCAAAGCCGACUCGGCGCUCGCCCUCCCGAGUUUCAUAUGGGACUACUUCGUCAAAGACGCGAGCGGCAAAUUCGUCCUCUGUACGCUCUGUCCGGCGCAGACGACGCGCUUCGCCUACUCGGGCGGCACGAGCACAAUGAACCGCCACCUGCGCAAGAAACACCACAAGUACGCGCCGGGCAAAAGCGCCGCCGACUACGACAGUUACGCGAGGGGCGCGUCGUCGUGUCGUCGUCGCCACGCGCUCCGCCAGCCAAUCACCGCGUCGGAAAGCGGCGCACCAGCUGUUUCCCAGUGCGGUACCACCGUCGCGGCAACUUCAACGUCGAGUCUCGUGGUGACGGCGGCAGACGGGACACCUGUGGCACCGGUGGGGACGGGCAGCGACUCGUGUGGUGCACACCACAGCAGCAAACACCGCCAGCAACUGCAACUGCAACAGUAUCAGCUCGUUGAGGAGCUCCGCAGUGCGCGUCGACGCGCAGGUAAUCACUACAGCCACAACAGCCACAACAGCCACAACAACCACAACAACCACAACAAUAGCGGCAGCAGCAGCGGUGGCACAGGCGCCCCGAGCAAGAAACUGGCGAGCGACGUGGGGCCACUGAGUGCGGCGCUCGCGGCCGAGUUCGAUCCCACUGCUGCGUCGUUCGGGUCGAUCGCUGCGACGGCCGCCGCCAGUGGCGCGUUGCAGUUCCCCGUGGGCUUUGAGCUGCACGAUGCGGGAAUGGACGCGGCGGGACUCGUGGACCAGCGGUUCGUGGACUAUGCGUCGGCGCUCCCGGGAGCAGCUGCAGCCACGACGACAAACGCGGCGACGAUGGGAUGCGGCGGACAGGGAGGACGCGGUCGUCGUCUUCGUGCGGGAAGCGGCGGAGCGCUUGGCGCGGCUGGAGGGUACGGAAACGCAGGAGCUGCUGCUGCUGCUGCCGCUGCGAGUCUCAAGAUGUUGACGCAUCGACUGCUGCAGUUUCUCAUUGCUCAGUACGAGCCACUGGAUGUCUCUCACGUAAGCGCUGAGCUGGGGAUGCUGCUCAUGGGUGGAGCGACUGAGUGGCCGGGUGUGUCUGGUCUUCAUGGCUUUGGAUACGGAGGCGCUGGGUCAGGACACGGCGGCAGCAGCAGCUACGGCAUGGGCCACGCGGGCGUGAAACUGCCGUCCGAGGAGACGUUGAAACUCGCGCUGGCGAAUCUGUACUACUCGCAACGCGAGAUCCUGAAAGAAGUUGUCGCCGACGUGGAAGUGCUGAGUUUGUCGCUCAACAACUGGACGUCAGCGUUCGGCCAGAACGUGCUCACUGUCAGUGGUCAUUGGAUUUCGCAUGGAUUCCGACGCCGGGACUGUGUGCUGGAAGUGUACGUGCUACCUCUCGAUGAACGCGUGAACACCAUCGCACUGCUACGAGAUGUCAUGGAGAAGUGGGACAUUCCGCCGUCGAAAGUGGCCGCACUGACGAUGCGUCCUCGUACACCUACGGCGAACGGUGCAGGAGGAGACGACUCGGCCACUCUACAGGCCGCCGAAAAGGCACAGACAGAAGAAGAGCAUGCCGAAGCGAAUGCGAUCCACAGUGAGUAUCCAGGUCUGGCCGUUGUGCGAUGCUUUGUGGAGGAGCUUGAAGGAGCGGUCACGAGUGGACUGCGUGAGUGCGCUGAUUUCACCCGUAGGUGCCGCAACUACGUUUCGUAUUUCAUCCAGAACCCUUCCGAGUACCAGAUCUUUCUCGCUCUGCAGCGCAGUAUGGGCGAAGAGGCCUCCGCGUCUUCUGCCACUCACACUCAUGCAGCGUCCUUUGCUGCAACAGCGGAUGGCGUCAGUGUGAGCAUCGCCGAGAGUGGCAACGCAACGAUCGGCGACCAAUUCGACGGGCUCAAAGAAGAUCAAACCUCGUACGCGGCCACGGACGGUGCUGCAUCCUCCACUCUGAACUGCCGCACUGGUCCAUUGACGUCCACGUCAAGCUGCAACACUGGUGAGGCAUUGCCAGUGAUCUGCGAUUUCGACGAUCGCUGGAAUUCCACGACCGAAAUGAUGUGUCGCAUUGUUCAGCUCGAACCAAUGCUGUUGCGGUACAAAAUGGGACUCGAAAGCGAUACGAAUCCGGCUCGAAGACCCAUGCAGCUUCGGUUCUUGUGUUGCGAGUUGUCGUCGGAGGAGUGGGCGACACUGAAGCAACUCGCUCGACUGCUGGAGCGCAUUGAAGGAUUGGUGCACGUUUCUCCGCACGUGUACGCCGGGCUGUCCCUUGCGUAUCCGUUAUUGCAUUCGUUGAAGAAGCAUUUGGCGCAUGCUGCCACAUGGGUGACGGAUGCGCUUGUUGCGACGGUCCGCCAUACGAUUGUCAGCAAGCUCAAUAUGGAUCUCUGCUUGUCCGGCCAGGCUCCAUCGUCUGCGUACUUGUCGUGUUUGCUCGAUCCUCGCUUCAAGACGUUGCCGUUUCUUUCGACGCCCGAGAAGGAGCAGCUGAUCGAGUCGCUGUACCAUCUGCUUGGAGUCCGUGCGAAGAACGACGUCACCGAUCAGAGUCAAGACCAGCUGGACCCGGCAUCGGACGAGGGCCAGACAGACGAGCAGAAAAAGCAGGAUGGAAAUGGGAGUGCGUCGAGUGUCUGCGUCGCCGGUGCUGCUCUUCCGAACAAGAAGGCGGCAGCUCUUUUGCAUGAGUUCUUCCCGUUGGACGAGCCCGCGACCGAGCUCGACAAACUCAAGGCACAAGUGCAGCAGUACUUGGAUUCCCCCUCCUUGCCAGCUACCGAUGAUACUGAACACGACCCUCUCGAGUGGUGGGGUCGUUACCGGCGGUCGUUCCCUUCGCUUGCGCGUCUUGCGAAAAAGUAUCUAUGCAUCAGCGCCGUGUCGACUCCGUUUCAAGAGGCGUUUACGAACUACGGGCAAUUGAUGCGUGAGAAACGAGCGCGGCUCGAUAUCGAGGUGGCAGCCCAGAUCCUCUUUUGCCGCAGUGUGUUGCGGAUUCCAGAGAUGGAACGCAUUGGAGUGUGA